UGCCCGCCCCCAGCGGCCGGCAGCGCUUCUGCGAUGGUGGGAGGCGGCGGCGGCGGCGGGAUGGGGGGCGGCCUCCUGGAGAACGCCAACCCCCUGAUCUACGAGCGCUCCGGGGAACGGCCGGUGACGGCGGGCGAGGAGGACGAGCAGGUCCCGGACAGCAUCGACGCGCGGGAGAUUUUCGAUCUGAUUCGCUCCAUCAACGACCCAGAACAUCCACUGACACUGGAAGAACUGAACGUCGUGGAGCAAGUCCGAGUUCAGGUGAGUGACCCAGAGAGCACCGUGGCCGUGGCCUUCACCCCCACCAUCCCGCACUGCAGCAUGGCCACCCUGAUUGGCCUGUCCAUCAAAGUCAAGCUCCUGCGAUCCCUUCCCCAGCGCUUCAAGAUGGAUGUGCAUAUCACCCCAGGGACCCAUGCUUCGGAGCACGCAGUGAACAAGCAGCUCGCCGAUAAGGAGCGGGUUGCAGCUGCCCUGGAGAACACCCAUCUGCUGGAAGUUGUGAACCAGUGUCUGUCCUCCCGCUCCUGAGCCUGGCUUUUUGUCCUCGGCACCACCAGGGCACAUGCUCUGACUCUCUUGGAUCACUGACAUUGAAAAAAUAACAUUUUGCAUUUUGUAAUAAACCCUUAAUUUAUAUUCA